CAUGUCAAUACACUUUCAUUAUAGGCUACAAUGUUGUGUGCGGCUAUGGAAAACAUAGUACUCUGUCAUUAUAUCAGGAACCACCUGUAUAUCUUUAUAGUUUGGUUUGCGGUUCGAUCGAUCUGGUUGAUAAUAUUAUAGCUAUAUUAAUUGAUUUUAAAAUUUAACAGCUGGCUAAUAAAUAUUGUUUUGAGUUCUUUAACUAUAUGGCUGAAAAGAAAUAAAUGUAUCUAUUUUAUGAGAUUGAAAACAAUUUCUUGGUUGGUCAGUCAUUGUUGAUACAUAGUUAAGUGAAUUUAAGGAAGGAAUAAAUAUUUUAAAUCCGAUUUUUUUAUUUGAAUAACUUUUAAUUGUUUCUAUUUUGGUUAAUAACCAAGUAGUUCAGUCAUAUUCUAUUUACUAACGUAAAGUUUAAUUAAUUUAAAAAUGAACAAAUUCCCUGUUGUGCUGACUUUUGGUGUUCUAAUGAUUACUUUUGCUCCACAUAUUGGUAAUUGCUUGACGUGCUAUAAGUGUAGCUGGGCUGAUCCUAAUUGUUCAGAUGAGAAAUUCGCAAGUAGCGCUCCGACGACCGAAUGCGGAGCAGCACAGGCAGCUAACCCAGCUGGAGAGGCUACUACCCCUGCUGGAGAGGCAACAGCUGCAGCUUUUAAAAAGGUUAAAACAUUUGCUAAUGAAACUGAAGGUUCGAGUGGAAAAUUUUUCUGUUUUAAAGUAGCUGUGACAAAUGGAACAACUAAAUCCAUGGAACGUGGUUGUAAGGCUACAGAAAAAGUGGAUGAUUGUCUGACUUUAGAUAAGACUGUUACUCCAGAUGCCAAAUUGGAAGCUUGUAUAGUUUGCAGUACAGAUAAGUGCAACGGAAAAAGCUCAGGAUACCUGAUUCAGCCUUCUCCCAGUAUGGCUGCUAUGAUAGCAGUCAUUAUACUGACCAAAAUAUUUCAAGGAUCAGACCAGUAUCGUAAAACAAUGUUUUGUUAAACUUGUUGAAAUAUGUCAUUAACUACCACCUAAAAUUGCUCAUAUGAUUUUAGAACUCUAAUACAGAUAUAUAAUAUAAAUUACUUAAAUAUAUGAUUAUUAUUCAAUAAAAGUGUAUGUUUUUUAUUGUCAUUUGCAUAAUAUGUAACAAAAUGAUAAUGAUAUGAUGAUUGAAUAUUUAAUUUGUCCCAAUAACUAUGAAUACUUAAAAUAGCUUGAUAGCGAGGGAAAAAACAUUGUUUUUACACCACGAGUGAGUAGUGAUUGGGUAGAAUUAGUAACAAAUUUAAAAAGUACAGAAGAUUUAAUUUUUAAU